AUGAAGCAUUUCCUACCAUUGCUCGGUUUGGUGGCGCUGCUCGGUGCGGUCACAGCGGGACCGAUAUCGAUGAGCAACAACAACAUCGGCGACAUCGUGAAGGUUAACGUGGAUGCCGACGUCGAUAUCAAGAGCGAGAUCAACGUGGAGCUGGUGAAUGUGAUUGCCGAGCUGCUGCUGGAGCUGCGCGAUGUGAACGUGAACGUUUGCCGGGGAUCGUCCUCCGAAUCGUCAUCCUCUUCGUCUGAGGGCACCAGUGAGGAGACUAGCGAGGAGACUAGUGAGGAGACUAGCGAGGAGACCAGCGAAGAAACUAGUGAGGAGACUAGUGAGGAGACUAGCGAAGAAACUAGCGAGGAGACUAGCGAGGAGACCAGUGAGGAGACCAGCGAAGAAACCAGCGAAGAAACCAGCGAAGAAACUAGUGAAGAAACCAGUGAAGAAACUAGCGAAGAAACUAGCGAAGAACUCAGCGAAGAAUUAAGUUCCACUACCAUCACUACCACCGGCACUGUGCCAACAACGGGACUGCCUGAUGCCAUGCCCUACCAGCAGUUGGUGCAGUCGCUCGUGAAGACCAAACCGGACGGUUACAAUGCGCCCGGCAUUACCAAGGAGCAAAAGGAGCAACUGUGGCGCCAGCAUGUGGAGCAGCUGGUCCAGAAGCACAUCGUCGAUCGUCAACCAUAA